UGGGAUGCUUGAGGUAAACAGUGUAACAUGUGAUGCCGUUGUAAUUAGCCAACCCAGUGGUACCUUUUACCGGUGAUAGGCCCCUCACCGGACGGAAAGUGGAUAACGUGUGCUAUUUGUGAGCUUUGUUUAGUGUGUGUUGCGAGUUGGUAAAAUGAAUGACCGUACAGUGCCGAAUCGAAGAUAAAAAUGCAGUAUAUCAUCAUAGGUGGAUUAUUCGUACUGGCAAAUCUGCAUUUUAACCAUCACAACGCAAUGGGUGUAGCUAAUCAUCUGCCGGCACCGCAGGAAAACAGAAUCAUCAAAAAAUUUUCACCCCAUCCCUACUUCGACUUCGAUGUGCCUCGGAACAUAACGACCCGCGUCGGCCAGACGGCUUUCAUCAACUGUCGGGUCGAGCAAAUGGGUGACAAAUCGGUCUCCUGGAUCCGGAAACGAGAUCUACACAUCCUGUCAGCAGGAACCGCCGUCUACACGUCGGACGAACGAUUUCAGGUGAUACGGUCCGAUAAGGCGGAAAAUUGGACGCUACAAAUAAAAUUCGCCCAGCAGCGAGACUCCGGCAUAUACGAGUGUCAAGUGAACACGGAACCAAAGAUGUCAAUGGCAUUUCGACUGAACGUUGUAGAGGCAAAAGCGAUUAUCCUCGGACCAACGGACCUGUACGUAAAAAUGGGCAGCGUUGUGACGCUUACAUGCAUCAUUAGCCAGGGACCACAUGAUCUAGGGACAAUAUACUGGUACAGAGGGUCAAAUCUCGUGCAGCCCAUCGAGUUGCAUCCCAACGAUCCUUCAUUAGCAUAUCCACAUCGAAUAUCGGUAGAGCUGAAAUGGACCGAGGCACUCACGUCACGGCUGAAAAUUCUCGAUGCCAAGCUGGCCGAUUCGGGGAAUUACACGUGUCUGCCAACGUCAGCGGAAGGAACCAGCGUAAUGGUGCAUGUGAUAAAUGGAGAGCAUCCGGCGGCGAUGCAGCGCGGUUGUGCAACGACCGCGAACAAAGAUCAGCACCGGUGUGUGCAGCUGCUGACGCUGACGAUGCUGAUGGUGGUGAUGCUGACGCUCGUCUGGCAUCGAACCGAUCUCAACACCUUCGUAAGACCGCGGGCGAUAGCGCCGCCAAGUCCACGACCCACCCCCGGGACUUUGUCGGAGUGUAAGGUGAUAACGGACCGUCCCGUCGGCGCACUGGCAGCUUCGUACUGCGCGUAAUGCACGCGUACCCCGGGAGUGGACAGGAACGGCAGGGUGCAUUUGCAAAUCUUUGCCUGAAAAUCCAGGUGCUGAAACACGUUGCACACGGGGGGAUGCUGCAAUCUCGAGCGUUGGUGCACCGCAGACGAUGCCACACCAUUAUUGCUUCACAGCGAAAAGAGCAACAAAUGUUGUACGUCU